UUGAAUCUGAAGAACUAAAUGUACAACAUACAGCAAGUGCUACACCGACGUAUGAAAAAGUUGAAAUAACACCCAUGAACACCUCAAUAUCAACACAGACUAAUGAGAACAAUCAACAAAAUAAUGAAACUGAUAUCUCAACAAAUGUUGUUACCAGUUCACAAAUAAGUUCGUCUGAUGAUGAGUCUGUAAAUUAUAAAAUAAAAACGAGAAAACAAACUGGACUAUUUAAUUCUGAACAGAUACAGAACUAUCCGAUAGAUUCGCCUAGUUCUACUUCAAAAACUUCUGAGAUUUCAAAUUCACCUCCUAAAACCAAUGAUAUGUCAUUAAUGUCAGAUUUGGCCAAACCUAAAUUUUUUGGUACUAGUCCUGGAAAAAAUGGUCCAAGUUCCGAUGACCAUCAUAAAAAUACAAUAGUUGAACCAUCUGGUGAGAAAAUUCAUCAUAAAGGAAAGAAAGAAAAAGAAAAAAAGGAUGGAAUAUUUAAGAAUUUCUUUAAAAGAAAAAAGAAGAAGGAUGAUAUUCCAUUUAAUGCUGUUAAACCACUAAAUAAUUUUUAUGACCAACUUCAAAAGGGUUCUUCAAAACAACCAUUUCAGCGUUCACUGAGUCUAAAGCGUUUACAACAACAUACUGGUUCAUCAUCUAUUAAUAAAUCAACUUCAGAUUCUACUUAUAGUGUUCUUCGUAUUUAUCCUGGUCAAAAUAUACAAACCGAUUUUAAAUAUAAAAUUGGUUUAUUAAGUCCAAAAACAACUACUAUAGCUCUUAUUAAACAAGCAAUUCGUCGAUUUAAAUUAAAUGAUGAUUAUUGGGAUAACUAUACUAUUUCUAUAAAAGAAAUAAAUAGUAAAGAAAGACAUUUAAUGCCACAUGAUCACCCUCUUGAAAUUUUUAAUUCGAUAUCUUCUUAUUAUUCAACUCCAUUACCAUCCGUUCAAAGAACUUCGACAAUAUCAAUUUCAUCAACUCUUUCUGAUAUAUCAAAUUAUGAAUCAAUCAAUAAACUACAAGUACAAGAUAACCAAUGUACUGUUUUUCUAUAUUUAAAUAGAAAACCAAAACAACUUAAAGAAAAGAUUACUGUUAUCCAAAAUACUAUUCCAUCGACUGAGUUAUCAACUAAUACUGUUAUCCAAAAUACCUUCCCGUCAACUGAGUCAUCAGCUAAACAAACGAAUACUGUUAUCCAAAAUAUUCCAUCGUUUAAGGAAAAUAAUGAUUGGAUAUUAUCCAAUGAUUUUGGAUUAAAUGAUCUUUUAGUCUAUGUUAGAUCUGAUUUAAACAUUCAAAAGAGAAGAAGCGGAUGGCAUCUCCAGGAUCCUGAAGAAAUUCUUGAUCAAGUUAAACCUACGGAACUUAGAGAUGAUAUUAGAUCCAUAUUUGAAAGCGUGAGUAAUGAACUUGAUAAAUUGGAAUUGGAACUUAAUCAAAUAAUGCUUGACGUUAUAAGA